ACCAGAUAGGUUCCUCUCAGCAUCUCCAAGUGAAGACAGCAAAAAUGAAAGUCUCGGACAUGACCUUCAAGGAGGGGGCGGAGUUUAAGAUCCGGUUGAAGCCUAAUGAUGAUGGAAACAGGUUCUCAAUCAAUGUUGGUCACGAUUCGGACAACAUCGCGCUGCACUUCAACCCGCGGUUCGACGAGAAUGUGAUCGUCUGCAACUCCUUGUCGGGCGGCAGCUGGGGGGAGGAGUACAGGGAGGGAUCCCUGUCCUUCAACCGCGGAGAGGAGUGCAAGUUCUACAUCAACUUCACCAUGGAGUACUUCUUCAUCAAGCUUCCGGACGGUUCCACCAUGAGCUUCCCCAACCGCCUCGGAGACAUAAAAUACAAGUUCUUUGAAGUCCACGGUGAUGCCAGGAUCGUUGGAAUCAAGAUCAAGUAGUGGAUCACCUUCCCAUCGGCCCCCUGUUUCAUUAAUAAAG